CCGGAAGUAGCAGAGGCUCCGUAGCAUGUCAACAGAAAGACCUUAGUCUACAUUUAGUCCACAUUUCUUGAUUUAUUCGUCUUUUAAACACUGUUCCUCAAACUGCUCCUCCUCCCUGGAACAAAAGACGAUGUGUGAUUCAAAUCUGUCCUGCAGAUGAGCGGCAGCAGCGAGGACGUCCGGCCCGUGGAGAGCAGCAUCAAACCCCCGGUGUAUCUGCACAUCGGAGACACAGAGGCUCUCUCCGGGGUCUGCGUGGUGGACGUCACCCUGCCCUUCGGGAAAACGGUCAAUAUUGACGAGAUCAGCUUUAAGAACCACUACACGGCCUCAGUGAGUGUGCGUCUGCUGAGGACAGCCCCCGAGCAGGAGGCCCCUGCUAAGUGGGUCACUGCUGUGAGAGACCUGCCUCUGAUGGAAAACCCCCACACUGAGGGGGGAUCCCAGGACUACUGCUGCAUACACAGGACACAGAUGCAGGUGGAUCCGGACCACGUGAUCUCUGUGAGGCUGAUCCUCAGACAGCCAUCCUCCACCUGGCUCUCCUUCAGCCUGGAGGACAUCAGGAUCUUCCCUCACUCAGAGCCGGACCCGGAGAAGGAAGUUUCUGAUUGGCUGUCGGACCUGACGCUGGUCGACCAAAACACCGACCUCGAGGGUCUCCCGGACCCUCAGACGGUUUCCUCCAGUCUGCAGCAGAUGUGGGCUCUGACCGAGGUGAUGCAGAGCAACCAGACCACGGCCUCCAUCGGACGCUUUGACGUGGACGGAUGCUACGACAUCAACCUACUCUCCCUGACGUGAGCCCGCGGAGCCUCUCCCUGCUCAACGCUCUGCGGAGGUCAAGCAUAAUACAUACCUGCAGAACCACAACCUGAGAGAGCAGAGUAACACUGUGUGUGUGUGUGUGUGUGUGUGUGUGUGUGUGUGUGUGUGUGUGUGUGUGUGUGUGUGUGUGUGUGUGUGUGUGUGUGUGUGUGUGUGUGUGUGUGUGUGUGUGUGUGUGUGAUGUACCUGUUAUUUCCUGGCUCUUAACUGAUUGAUCUUCAGUGAAUAAAUGCUCUGAUCUGAACCCA